AUGUUUGGCGGCGGCUCCAGUUCUGCUGCGGCCAAAUCUGAUACUGUUGUAGCCGACUCUACGAAGUCGGAGAAGAAAUCCCCGUCUCCGGACCGAAAGCACGAGUCUACUUCGGGUGUUACUCCGACAAAAUCUCCUGAUCAAGCGACUAGCGGCGAGAAGCGCAGUGGAAAUGGUAGCCCACCAGGGCGACAUAAUCCCGAUACGGGUAAUUCGGAGAAGAAGCGCAGGAGUUCUGGCGUCGGGAGCAAAGCCAGCAGUCUUAUAGCCAGUGCCAAGAAUAGCUUGAACUUCGGCCAGGCUGGAAGGACAAAUAGUGACGCUAGCUCUCAGACUCCUCUACAGAAAUUAGGCAAGCAAGAUCAAUCUCUUGCGGUACCUCAAGGCCAACACAAUAACUCUGCUGGAGAAUCCCUUCCCGGUCCACGAUCUACCUUCCGCGUCGGUGUCUGGGAAGAUAGGAACAAAAAAUGCCGUCGUACAAUGGAAGACACGCAUGCGUUCCUCUACAAUUUCCUGCAUACUCCCGCACCCCUUAUUGCCCUAGAUUCGGGUAACAAGAGCCAAAAGUCCCAAAGGUCUACAUCAGAGGACUCUAGCCAGCCUGAGUUGAGCGCGCAGGACAUAGUAGAAACCGACAACGGCUACUUUGCGAUAUUUGAUGGGCAUGCUGGUACCUUCGCUGCAGACUGGUGUGGAAAGAAGCUGCAUCUUAUCCUCGAAGACACCAUACGACGAAAUCCCAAUGUGCCUAUUCCCGAACUUCUUGAUCAGACCUUCACCAAUGUUGAUGCACAGCUCGAGAAGCUUCCUCUUAAGAACAGUGGCUGUACCGCAGCAAUUGCCGUCUUGCGUUGGGAGGACCGGGUUCCUAGCUCAAACUCUGCGACCGGUUCUCAAGCCAUCGCCCCGGCGGCUGCUGCUGCUUCAAAGACGCCGGAUACGUUAAAGCCUCGGGAUGCGAAGCUUGAGAAUGAUAGCGGUAACAAUGCUAUCGUCGAAUCAGCUCAUGCAAGGCUGAAGGGUACUGCGGUUCGGCAACGCGUUCUAUACACGGCAAAUGUGGGUGAUGCUAGGAUCAUUCUAUGUAGAGCUGGUAAAGCAUUACGUCUUUCGUAUGACCACAAGGGUAGCGACGAAAACGAAGGAAAGCGGAUCGCGAACGCUGGAGGAUUGAUCCUCAAUAACCGUGUGAAUGGUGUAUUAGCCGUCACUCGAGCUCUUGGAGAUACAUACAUGAAGGACCUUGUAACAGGUCAUCCGUACACCACCGAGACCGUUAUCCAGCCCGAAAUAGAUGAGUUUAUUAUCAUUGCUUGCGACGGUCUCUGGGACGUUUGCGAAGACCAGGAUGCGGUUAAUCUCGUUCGCGACGAACGAGACCCGGCGGCUGCGGCUAAGAAGCUUGUUGACCAUGCCCUAGCUCGCUUCAGCACAGACAAUUUAUCAUGCAUGAUCGUUCGAUUCGAUAAGGCUGCCCUGCUAGAGAAUCAAAACAAUAAGGAGAAUCCCAUCGGUGUGGAGGGAGAUAUCUCUGGUGUGGGAGGCAAGAUAAGCGAAGCCGAUAAAAUCGUGAUUUCUACUAAGCAAAAGAUUGCUGAAGGCGAUUCACCGGCCGUUGGCGUAUCAGCCAGUAACAGUGGUCGAGGCCAUGAUCUUAUACCCAUCGACGACGGAGAUGCUUUCAAACCGACUAUCAUUGAAGGGCCGGUCGAGGAGGAGCCGUCGUCGAUAGAAGACAGCGAUGCGCCGGAGGUCACUGCAGACGCAAUCCCGAACCCAGGCGGCCUCGCAACUUCGGAUUCGACAUCUCCGAACACGACUAGCCCAUCAUCAAAAUCCUAA